AUGUCAAGGCCUUUGCGAUUGAUUUUGCCAACCUUGUUGGCAGUUGCUGUGUAUCUUGGAGUGGCAAGGCCGUUUGUAUGCUUUGUGGCCCCGCACGCGGGAAGCUCCAGAGGCAUCCGAGGAUCAGACCCUGCAGUGUCCAGGGCAGCUGUUCAGCUGGAUGUUCCUAUGAAAGAAUCGGACUUGAUCCAACCUGAUGAGGAGCCUGAACGAGCCAGCUACAUGUACGGCUUCGUUCCCUUCGCAGAGCAGUUGAAUGGCCGAGCUUGGGCCCUCGGUCAAAUCUUUCCAGCAAUAGGCAAGUCGGUGCAUGUUAGUGUCGGCAUCUCCUCAAAUGCAAAGCUUCAUGCUCAGGCCCAGUACGAGAAGAACAUCGGAAAAGGUAACUCCGGCAAGAAAAAGGAAGAGCUCCGGCCCCAGGUUGGAUCUGCCAUCAUCCAGAUCAUCGCAAGUGCGCAGAAAGGUGAGACCAGUCGGAAAUGGAGCAGCAAGAAGGCUUCAUCAGCAUUCAUUGAUGCACCUGGCAGGAAGAAAAUGGAAGAGGACUGGAACGUGGUGCAGCUAUUGGCGCAUCACCGACGCAAGUUCAAGGCUGAUUCCGAAGCGCAGCUUUCAGUCGUGUCGGGUCGAGACAUGCAGACCUUCACGCGACAAUUCUGCCAGCUCUGUUUGACAACACUGACGUCCAGAGGACAAGAUGUGCUGUCCGCCAGCUUGCGACGGGUUCAGCUCGAACUGAAGGCUGCUCGACAGGAUUUUGAGAUGAAGUUGGCCCGAUGUAAUCUUGGCGCCAUGAAGCAGUUGGAUCGGGUGAAGGGAGGGACAGGAACGCCUCUUGAAGACGAUCAUGUCACCUUCUUCGAGCCUAUGAGGCACCUGAGCGAGGAUCAGCGGCUGCUGGUUUUGAUGAUCGUCAAGGACAAGCUUCUUCGGAUCCUCGACGGCUCAGCGUCUUCAUCCUUCGUGGAAGAGCUGAAGCAGUCGAUGGGCUUGGAUCCCGCGAAGCUUAUGGACAAGGCAUCUCCCAAGGCCAGCGAUGAGCUCCUGGAGGACGGGGACGAUGUAGAUCUCGAAACGGCCCUGCGACGUUCCAAGGCCGCGGCCAACGCCGCCCUUCGCCAGGCGGAGGAGGAUCGGAAUCAUGCCCGGAGCCUUCAGCAGGAGCUGGACAGGUCCAGGAGGGAGGUCUUUAGCCUGAAAGGGCAGCUGGCGGAGCGUCAAAAGCAGCUCGAGCAGCUCGAGGCGGGUAUGGAUAAGCUGAAGGAUCUGGGCCUGGAGCCAGAGGAAGCGAACUUCGUGCUGUCCGAGUUGGGAUUGGAACGGGGAGUCAGUGGAGCCUCGGCAUCUGCCCCCCAGGGUAUCGAAGUGCGCUACGAUGGAGUUCCGGAGGAUUGUACAAAUGACUGUAUUCUGAAAUGGCAUAGCGAAUCUGGCCUUGAAGCAGAGUCGCUUGUGGCCGUGCAGAUCGAAGACGCUUCUGAGAGUAGCGAAGGGGGCCGACGACAACCGAGUAUUCUGUGUACUUACGAGAGGCACGCAGAUGCGGAGAAAGCAGUCGUGGCUUUGCAAGAUUCGGUGCUGGUAUCCGCCAGCGGCAAAAAGUCCAUAGUCACCGCGUCGAUGUCUCCGCCUCCGGACGCCUCGGGCUCUCCCACGGCUGCGGUGGGUCGCGGCCACUUUAAGCCCCCAAAGCCACUGACAUCACCCACUGGGAGUGCCAAGCUGGAGAUAGCAGAGGCACCCACUCCCACAGCUGCGUCACUCAAGAGCUUGGGACCAAAGCCACUAGCAAGAUUACCUGAGUCGCCCCAUUCCGAAUCAGGGGCUUCCGUGCUUUCAAAGAGGUUUUCUCCCAAGGCAGCCUCGUCUGGGCCGCCAGCCGGGCAGGACGUGGCAGAGCUCACAAAAACCCGGAAAAAGUUGGAGCUCUUGGACGCAGAGAACAAGAGGCUGAAGGUUUGCCUUGAGGAGAUUAGAGCGACUAUUAUUAAUAUACAGUAUACAGCAAUGUAG